AUGGGGUGCUGUCCAAGUGCUGCAGUCAGUGGCGACAGCUUGGCCCCAGAUGCUAUCUUCUACGUACGCGACGACCACGCCAGUACAUUUCAGCAGGUCAGGUUGGCACGCGACUUGCACAAGGCUGCGGGCGGAACACUUUGGCUGGAGUUCAUCUACGAAGACGUCUUGGAGGAGGUCAGGAAAGCCUUUGCUUCUUCAAGCACUGAGGAUGACGACGAAGCCCUAGCAGCCGUUCUCAGAUCCAUUGAGCACAAUGGCUGGUCCGUCGAGUUCAACGAGUCCCUUGUAAAUCUGCUGAGCGUUGCACGGAAGUAUCGUAUGAACUUCCACGCCUUGGACGAUCCCGAGUGGUCCAAGGAUGCCUUCAUCGCCAAGUAUGGCAGCACUCUCGGCGGCAUGCGUUACUUGGCAAAUCGCGCUUCACAUCUGGACGACCAUGAGGGAGCGACCUCCAGAUGGUGCGAUAAGAUUGUGCAGACGAGGUCCCAGCAGCCAGGGCCUAUUGUCGUCUUGGGGGGUGCAGAACAUGGGCCGGCCCUCAUUGAGUUCAUGAAGGCUCGGAUCAACGUAGAGGUGCGUUUCAUGUAUGCUGAUUUCAGGCAAGAGCGCUGA